GCAACUAAGCAGAGGCUAAUUUAGUUCACUUGGUCUGUGGACUGACCACUUUACCUGGCUUUAGCUACAGAUACAUUAAUUAAGAACUAUAAGUGGGAAACUAGGGCCUUUGCAGACAACAAUGCAGCUUUUAAGAUUUCUUGCCAUCCUUGUUUUCUCUGCUAAAUAUUUUAUCAAGCAUUGCAAAGGUGAAUCCUGUGUAGGACUGUACUGUAAUGAUACCGGUUUAUCGCUGGCAAUUAAGAGCAACACAAUCCAUCAGAUCUUGCAGGAUACAAUAAAUGCCACACAUGGAAAGAGUCCAGAAAAAUCUGCUAAGACCUUGCCCUUCUUGGGUAUCACAGACAGCAAGAAGUUAAACAAAAAAUGCUGUCAGAAUGGAGGCACUUGUUUCUUGGGGACUUUUUGCAUCUGCCCUAAGCAAUUUACUGGUCGGCACUGUGAACAUGAAAGGCGCCCAGCAAGCUGCGCCGGUGUUCCCCAUGGAGACUGGAUCCGUCAGGGCUGCUUGCUGUGUCGAUGUGUGUCUGGUGUCCUGCACUGCUUUACUCCUGAGUCUGAGGACUGUGGUCCAGUGCAUGAAAAAAAUAUGAGAUCGGGUGUCCCAAGAACGCAACUCAGUUUAUUCAUCUAUUACUUACUUAUUGCAAACUUGUUUUAUCACAUAGUUUGGCAUUUGAAUAUUGGACUUUAGCUGAGUAACUAGAGUCUGCCAGUUCAGUCCAGAUCAGGCUUCUGUUUCUAUACUGCACUUUUAAUUGCUAAACCCAUUUUGCCAGGAUCAUGCUUAGAAUUAUAUUGCUCCUUGCUACCCCCGGAAAAUAUUCACAAGCUAUAGAAUGUCUUAUAUUCAGUGCUGAUGUCUAGGGGUCAGAAUGGGUUUGCAGUACUUCCGAGCACUGGAGUUGGUUUAAGAUAUAGCUGCUGGGCUCUUGCUCCUUGCUGUAGAUUUCAGAUCAGGGACUUAGCCUUAUACUUACCCAGUGCAUUCUGUAUAUAUGUAAAUUUUAUUAAUUUAUUAAUCAGACAAGUUGUACCUUAACAAUGUCCUUCACUCACUUUUUUUUUUUAUAUAUAUAUAUCACAAUGAUUUUAUUUUUUACUUUUUUCUUAACUGACAAAGAGAAAAAAAUCUCUAGGAACAUAAUAUACAGAUAUUGUCCUACUACAUAAAUGUCACAUUGCAUGUUAUGGUACUUGUAUGUUUGUCUUGACCUACAACAAUGUGUCCCUAGCCAUGAAACCCUAGAGAUUUGUUUUUAUGUGAAACCAAAUGGGCCACAAUAGUGCUUAAACAAAAAAAAAAUGUAAAAUUGGUUGCUUAGAAGAUGAGUCAAUGCAUCCUAUAAUUUCAGUUUUAGGGUACAGGCAUUUAGUUAUAGGUCAGGAGAUAAUACAAUUACCCGUGUUGCUGUACCUAUGUACUUACAGUUUGUCCACUUGAUGUUUGCAAUGAAACAUUAAAUACGUAAAAGAAA